GGAAACAUAACAGAAAAGAGAGGAGAGCCAGAUGGUAGAAAAAGUGUUAGUAGAGGCUAGAUAGAUAGAUAGAUAGAUAGAUAGAUAGAUAGAUAGAUAGAUAGAUAGAUAGAUAGAUAGAUCAUGUUAGGAUGUAGGUGUGUCCUUUUGUGUUAGAGUUUUCAUUCAUAUCAGUGGAAGGAGAGGCAGCGAGGAUCAGCACUUUCCCUCUCCGACACACACACGCUCUCAUCUCACACACAUACACGUGCAUUUACAAACACCAACACAUACAUUUCUGCUGCGGAGGGAGAGCGACUGCCAUCCCCUGACUCCAGGGGAAGAGGGGAAGCAGCACAUUUUGCAGCUCAUACACACAGACACAUGCCUUUUCUGUUUCUGUCAUCACACCCAUCCGGAGAAGCACGUGUUUUAGAGUGGACUAGCGACAGAGGGGUGCGUCAUGAAGUCUCAGCAGAAAUGCAUUAUGAUCUUUGCCUUGGUGUGCUGCUUCGCCAUACUGAUGGCAUUGAUUUUCUCAGCUGUGGACAUUUGGGGCGAUGAAGACGGGAUCACAGAGGAGAACUGUAGCAAGAACUGCAGAGCAGUGCUUGUGGAAAACAUCCCAGAAGACAUCUCCUUCCUAGACAAUACUACAUCCCACCUUCCUCUCUCAGUGGGGCUGUACAACUUACUGGACCAAGCCAUCCGGGUCGUAGAGAUAGUUUCCCCGCUGUGGGUUCUCAACUCUUCAGAUUAUGAAUCCAGCUUCCAGCCUGCAGCCAGACAGGGCAGGGCACUGCUGUCCAGGCUGCAGGGGCUGAAAGCUAAAGGAAUCCAGCUAAAGAUCUCCAGCGGGAUGAUUGACUCGACUGAGCUCAGGACGCUCGCCAGACACAAUGCUGAGGUCCACUAUGUGAACAUGACAGCGCUGACCCAAGGCCACCUCCUCUCCUCCUUCUGGGUGGUCGACAAGAGACAUUUCUACAUCGGCAGCGGCAGCAUGGACUGGAGAUCUCUGGCCACAAGGAAGGAGCUGGGUGUGUUGGUGUACAACUGCAGCUGUCUGGCUCUGGACCUCCACAGAGUGUUCAGCCUCUACUGGGGGCUCCAGUAUAAAGACUUCAUCCCCUCAUUCUGGUCCAAGCGUGUCUUUGCCCUCUUCAACAGGGACACACCACUGGAGCUCACUCUCAACAGCACAAAGGCUGAGGCUUACGUUUCUAGCUCCCCAGAUGUUUUCAUCCCCAAACAUCGCAGCAAUGACCUUGAAGCCAUUUCCAGGGUAAUCCAGGAGGCCCACCACUUCAUUUAUAUCUCCAUCAUCGACUACCUGCCCCUCCUCAGCAGCAACGCUCACAGGUACUGGUCUCGUAUCGACAGUCUUAUCAGGGAGGCCCUGAUCCUGAGAAAGGUCCGGGUUCGUCUGCUGAUAAGUUGCUGGGAAAAGACUCAUCCACUUACUUUCAACUUCAUGUGGUCCCUGAAGAGUCUGUGCAUGGAGCAGGCCAACUGCUCACUGGAGGCUAAGUUCUUCAACCCCAGGGUGCUAAGGGACGGCAGUCUCCAGGGAAUAAACCACAACAGGUUUAUGGUGACAGACAGAGCCAUUUAUUUAGGUAACCUUGACUGGCUGGGGAAUGAGUUUAGCUUUAAUGCAGGAGUGGGCCUGGUGAUCAGUCAGCCAGAGGGCAUUGAAGAGAGGAACUCUACAGUGGUGGAGCAGCUACGGGUUGCGUUUGAGAGGGACUGGUUUUCACGUUAUGCCCGCUCACUGCAGGCCAAUAAGAUCCCCAUCUGCAACAAGCAUCACAUCGACAGGCUGGUACCAGUCAAAACUAGUCACCUAGACAUUGGACCAGUGCCUAUCAGAACAGCCCAGCACGAUAACGGACCUGCAACGAUCAGAAACAGUCAUAAAGAAGAUGGGCAGACGGCAGUUAAAACAAGGCACCAUGAUGACAGACUAAGCAAAAUUAGUCGCCAAGGCGUGGCCAAUGGACAUGUGCCGAUUAUAGGCAGUUACCAAGAUGAGGGACGAGUCAAAUUGAGUCACCUUGACAGCAGACAGGUACAAAUCAAAGAUCAUUACCAUGACAAUCCAAUGGAUCCACCCAGUCAGUCAGCUGAGAGCAGCGGCAGCAGAGAAAUCUCCAACAGGUUCCUGUGACCACAAAGCAUGAUAGGUUCCUUUUCACUGAAUGAUAUUUGAAGAACUGCUGUCUUCCAGUAACAAUAGACUUAACACACUGGGUCUUUGUAGCAUUUUAUUAUUGCCAUUUUGAAGAAAAGAAAACUCUGAAGAUUUAAAUAACAUCUGGUUUGCAGGACUUGAUAAUGUGCGUGGAAGAACUCAGGAAGGAAAGUCGGGUACUUUUGAUGGAUUUUUUAAAGAAUGAAACCAAAACAUUUUGGGUUAGCAUAAAUACAGGUUAAUACACUAUAAUGAUAAAUUACAAUCUUGCUAUUUCUGUUUUCUCUUCUUGUUGAGGUCUCUCAAGCAAAGGAAAACAAAAGAAAUCUUAUUGAUUGUCGAAUUAUUGGAUGUCAAUUGUGUUGCUGCUGUCUGUGGCAGUCACAAUUUAUCACCCUUUAAAAGGGGGAAUGACACCUGCAUGGCUUUGCAGAGACGGGAGGCAGUGCAGCACAUGUAGCUACAGUAGCAACAUUUUAUACUACAAAUACACUCCAAAGUAGUGAAAGAUUUACUACACAGCUUUUCAUAGUGUGGAUCUGUUACUGUAGUGGGAACCUUGGCCUCCUGGAUAUAGUUUUUGCAUCUCUAUCAGUAUUCUAAAUUGCUGCAUUCAAAUAAUAACUUAACUGUACUUAUUUAUUAGCACUGAUAACUUUCAUCCCAGACAAAAUAAACCUGAAACCAUCAGUUAAUAAACUGUUACAGUGGGUCAAGUACCACAUAAUUUAUUCAGCUGAAUCACUAGACGGGAAAACAAUCAAUGUUUUUCUGUUGAAAUAUGUUGACAUUUUUGCAUUUAAUUUUAUUGACACAAAUCCAUCUAAAGGGUUUUUAAAUGUUUGCAAUGUUGAGUCAAAAUUGCUAUUUUGUUCACAAAAACCCACUGAAAUUGAUAACCAUUGUCUUUAGUCCUGUAAGAAGAAGACAACCCAUAACUUAUUUGGAGUGCUGACCCACAGUUGAAGAACUGCAGCUAUAAAAGGAUUGAUCAAAUCAUAUUUACCUUGUUUUAAUCUCAAUACAACAAGCACUUAACACUGUACAGAGAGUGGUUACAUAAUCCAGGGCAAGAUGCAUCGCAUAUCUCUCCACAGCAGGAUGGUGUAUAUGAAAAUGUUUUGGAAAAUUUUAUGGAGGUCACAAUUGAUGAUGCACCAAUUCUACAGUGUUUAUUACAUAAAUGUGCAAUUCGUAAAUCAUUCAGACGCCACCAUUGAAAAAUUACCACCUUCAUUAUUUUAAGUCGAACUGGUAUUUUUUCUUGGAGGAUGAGGGGCUAUUGAUCUGAAAGGGCCCUUAUAGAUCAUUCCAGUUCCAAUAAACAAAUCAAAGGAAAAGAAGAUUAAUUGAAUGGAUUCUAUAGUAUUCUGCCAAAUGCAAUGUUGUGGCUUAUUGAACAAAUACUAAAGGAGCCGUUAGAAAAAGGGGCCAGAGGGUCUGUGCUGUCAAGCAAAUCAAUACAAUGAAUUUUUAACAGGGCUUGACAGUUGCUGCAGUUUAACCUCAAGGACAUGGUGGUCUGUAAUGUCAUGCCUGAGUAUAUAUUAGCUUUACAAAGUGGAGGUAGAGCAAAAAACACCAUUGUUUGUAAAAAAAAAAAGAAAAAAAAAACUAAUUUACUCUUGCCUGAAAGCUUGUAGCGACUUUCAUUUGCAUUUUGAAAGAUUGCAUGUCCGUUUAAGACCUUCAUACACAUGCAUUGUUGGUGUAUAAUGUAGAAAUAUAUUUUAGCUUCCAAAGCCAUUAAUCAAGGAGACAGGAAAACAUUUCCAGACAGAGCCUACACAGUGAUGUUUUCAACAAUUUGCAGAGCGUUAUGGUCAGCGCUUUAAUGUGAAAGAAGCACGGGUAAAUACUUUUAUUCUGCUGGAAAGCCAGUUAAAGUCAGAAUGUAUAGAGUAUAGAGCUAUCCCCAGUGUUCUGUAUACACACAUACAGUAUUUGCCCCUGCUAUGUUUGUGCUACAGGUCAAAUGUAAGCCACAACACAAUUUCAGUUCUGCCAUACAGUGUGUCACAACAUGUUCCGGAUAUGUAGAGGAGCUUGUCAGUCAAAAGCACACCUCUGGACUAUCUUAAUCUGGUCAUGAUGGAUAACUCCUGCCAUCUAGAGGAUGUCUUGAGAAAGAACAUUUCUUCUCACUUAUCUGCUGCAAUAUGAUCUGGUCAUUUUAAAAAAUCAGAACAAGAAUACAGCUUGGUUCACAAAUACUUUUAUAUGUCAAUUCUUAUAUAAAUAUAUAAAAAGUGAUUUUCCUGCCAAUGAUGUAACUGUAAUUAUUUUGAUAUCUAGGGGGUCAGACGACUAUUCAUUCUUUAAAAAAACAACACAUAUUGUACUCACAUUAUAGUAUGGGAAGUUAAUAUGUGAAACAUUAAAGUAUACAACAAGAAGAAUACAGAAAUAACCAUUACAUGUUUAAACAAAAAACUAAAUUUACUUGCGUGCACUGUUUGAGACACAACCAUUAACUCAUCCAUAAACUGAUUCAUAACUCUUAUAUUCACACUAACAUUUACACGAAGGAAACACAAUCACUUCAUCGUUUCAUUUGUUUCUCCAUACAGAGUGAGUAGAACUUGAAGAGCAUUAACUCAAUAAUAAUGUCCACAUAAUUUCUUGUAAAGCACUACGUGGCCACACUGUAUUGCUUGUAAUCUGACUGCUGGUUUGAAGUCAGAUUCACAACUUUAUGCUGCUGAUAUCUAUGAUUGUCACACUGGUGGGGCAGAACAUUAACACUGCAGUCUAUUUAUUUUCAAACUAUUUUAAAUUUUAAGUCUAAAACAGUGACUACAAUCCAGUUAUCAGGGGCCAGGACAGCUUUAAUGGCAUAUAUUUGAGGCAGCUGCAGAGUUAAACAGAAUGAGGCACUGUUACUGGUUUGAUUUAAAUGCUCACUGUAAAAGCUUUUCAAUGUCGCCUACCUUUAUUCCGUUGAUUUUUUUCGGCAUGACUGCUGCUUGCAUGCCCUACCUAAAUGAACUGUGCACAGUAGCUAUAAGCCUUUUGAGAGAUGGUGAUACUAUAUUCAAUCGUAUAUACCUUUAAAAAAUACAGAAAGAAUGUAUAUUUAUUUAAUACUCUUGUUAAUGCACACUACUGAAUGAUCUGAUCGCUAAGUUUUUACUCUUAAUAAAAAACUCUUAGCUUUUUCUGUCUGUGUGUGUUUUAGUA